ACGCCUCGAGGUGUCGGAUCCGGCCGGUGCCGUUCUUCGGUGCCCCUUGCAGUGACGCGGCAGGUGGACAGGUCGACUACGCCGACGUCCAGCGACUGGUGAAGCGGCACGGGCUCGUCGAGCAAUGGGACCCCACGACGGAGACCCCGUUCGUGUGGUACGCGCAGGAGGGGCACCAGUCGCAGAUUUGGUUCGACAACCCGCGCAGUCUGCGCGCCAAGUACCGCCUCGUGCGGGAGCUCGGGCUGCGCGGCGUGGGCAUGUGGAACGCCGACACGCUCGACUACUCGGGCGGCGGCAGCGCAGCCAACGACACGCGGCUCAUGUGGAGCUCGCUGGCGGAGGCCUUUGCGUCGUGAAUCACUCGCGGCUGUCCUGCAUCCAGCCUUGCCGGUCUACUAGCCACAGGCCAGCAAGCUAGAGCGUACGCCUGUUGUUGCGGCCGGUCGAUGGUGUUCGCGCUGCUGCUGUUGCUGCUGCUGCUGCUGCUACUAUCAUAGCAGCCUCAUUAUUUGUUGCCUUUUUGUAAAGACAAGUCUGGCAUGAUUUAUUGUUGCAAACUUUCCACGUUUCUAUCGAUCGUGCCCCACUACACCAGCGAAAAACCGUUUUCGACCGAAUCCGGAGCGAAGAAGGCGGCGGGAAGCACGCACGCUGACGACGGACAUUAUCGUAUGCAUUCCCCUCGCUGCUGAUAUCUCCCACUGGGAGUCCCAGCGGGUAACCGUGAGAAUGCCGCGCGCUUGAUAGGCAUCGGCUGCGCACAACACAACCAGCGUGAGCGCGGCACUAACGUCGCGGGCCGUUUCGAGUGACUGGCAUCGGCCGUUACGGAAAAAGAUCCGCACGUUGAAGUAUCCGUUACGCGGGAUUCGCAAAACACGGUGGGGUAGACCUGAAAGGCGGUGGGGCUGCGGCGGCAUGGACGUCCAACAGCGGCGGCACCUUCGAGACUCGAAGAUGGCUAGUGCACAGAGCAAACGCCUCUAGAAGGAUGUGUGGAUACUAGUUGGCAACAAUUCGUGUUGAUGUCUGAAAGUAAAGUAGCAGAGGCCCCUAGCUCAUCUGUCGUAAGAAGGCUUGGCCGCGUGAGUGAGAACUCCACACGGUGACGAUGGGUGUUGAAGACGUGAAGCACAGUUGGAGCUGGCCAGGUAGUGCAUGCAAUCAUAGACCCCCUUGCUGCCUUUGGUGAACGGAAAUGUGGUUACUACGUUGCGCGUCAUGCCACUUCAGAGACCCACCACGCACGCAAAGUCCAGUUGCCACAGUUUUGGCUGGAGUAGGGAACGAGGCCGAACUGCCAAGUAACACAGCGCGCGCGACGACAUGGCAAUUUUCACGCUACUCGCUCGCUCGCAGACGCAUUGUGCAGAACAAACCGUGCGCCCAAACGAUAGAAACCGCAUGAUCCAGGUAAAACUUUCCCAUCAGCUGCUGCUGCUGCAGAUUUUCUGCCUCAUGUGCAUUCGUGGAACGGUGGAAACCCGAGCGCGGCGCUGCUGACAGAGCGAUAGUCCACAGUCUACAGUCUAUAGAUAGUAGGGCUAGCGCCUUCCUUCCAACACAGCGCAACACAGCGCAACACGGCACAGGUGCUGGCGCCACGGCGGUCCGAGCUCACCACGCUGUGCGCACAGCGGCAGGCGGUCGCAUGUUUUCGAGCAACCCGGCUGCGGCAUACCGCGUUUUGAGACAGCUGGGGGGCGAUCCUGAAAGGGCACAGAGGGUGAUGGGCGGCUGACGUGGAUUUAGAAAUAGAAAUAGAAACUCCGCGCCGUUUCCGUCGCGAGCAGCGCCGUUUCUAAGAAGGUGCAAGCUCGAAAGCUACAGCUCCAUUCCCAGAUUUGCCUCUAGCCUGCCAGCCAGAAGAUCGCCCCGCUCGCCACGAUGGAGAUGGAGCUUCCGGCCACGCCCACGCCCGCCGACUCGAGGGGCAUGCACCUCAACUUCCAGUCGCCCACGGCCGACAAGGCGCAGCAGUCGCUGCGCAUGCAGGUGGCCGCCCACAACUUCAAGAAGCGCGCGGCCUGCGACUCGCCCGACGAGGCCUCGGACGACGUCGACGGCCCGCUGCCCGUGGCCACGUGCAACUUCGCGGCGCUGAGCCGCCACUUCCACUUGCCGCUCAAGGUCGCGGCCGAGAAGUUCGGCGUGCGCGCCACCGCCUUCAAGAAGCGCUGCCGCGCCAUCGGCAUCCGCCACUGGCCGUACCGCAAGGUGCGCAGCCUCAAGCGCUCGCUGCAGGAGCUGGAGCAGUGCCAGCAGCAGGCGCAGGACGGCUCCGGCCCGCCGCUCUCGGACAAGCAGCUGCGCCAGUUCGCGGGCUACCAGAGCCAGCUCAAGCGCCUCCUGUCGCCCGAGACGUACGGCAUCGACCCCUUCGGCCAGGCGCUGCCCGCGCACUUCUUCCACGCCGACGGCGACGGAUGCAACACGCCCGACGACCACGACUCGGACGAGGACUCGUGCGGCUCGCAGAGCCCGCGCCCCGGUCUCGAGCACUUUGUGCACCGAAACAAGGCGCGCAAGCACCUCUUCACAGACUCGCCGUCCUCGGCCUCCGCCUCGUCGCCCCACCGUGAGAACCUCUUCUUCGGCAACGCCGUGGCCAUGAACGCGGCCGCCGAGUACGCCCGUGUACAGCAGUUCAACCAAUACAACGCCCAGACGGGCAUGAUCCCCGCGCAGGCGGGAUUCGUCUUCGACUCGACGUACGACCCCUUCGGCGAGCUCAGCGCCUCCACCAUGGACCCGUACGGCGAGAACGACCACCCGUCCUGCGGCUACUCGCUGGACGCCGUUUCGUACGACCUGUUCCCGCUGCAGCCGUCCCCCACCAUGGCCAUGCGGAAAGCCACCGCCAUGGCGCAGCAGACGAUGGCGACCACCGCCCCGAACGCAGAGGAGCCCGCCGUCUCCUCCGCUCCGAGCGGACUCGAGGGCCUCGAGGACGACAUCUUCCGCCACAUCUCUCCAGAGUACGGCUGCCUCGUGUAGACGGACGGACUCUGCUCGGAUAGAUGUGUCGACAGUCAGCUCCUCGUCCUCUCCUCCUCGGCUUUUUGCUUGCUGCUUCCUUUUUGCAUUUUGCGACCGGCGUGCAACAACCACGCCUUCAUUGUACGAGCUUUAAAUUAUUAUGAUGGAAGAUAUCAAUAAAAAACACUUGCGCUCUCCGCCAACGCUGCUAGCCAGCUACAGUAUUUGCCACUGUCACCUCACAGCCUGCCGCGCGCGGAGCAGAGCUUGCACGAAGUCGGCUACUUGUCGGUACACUGCGACU